UUUUUUUUUUCUUACAUCCAUCUAUCUUUUUAUACAUCUAUCUUAUUUUACCAUAUUUUAUUAUAUUAACUCACUCUUUUAGUAGUUGUUUAUUAUGUGUACAUUCGAUGAAGCUUUACGAGUCCCAUGUUAUAGAGGACGCAAGAACGAUUAUAGAGAGUAACGAGAACGUACAAACGGAAUGAAUGGGCCAUUCCGUUUGCCAAUGAAGUUUAAAAGGGAAUGAUGGGCUAUUGUUGGAAAACCACGAGAAGCCCAACAAAAAAUGGGCGACAUACGUAAUGUACGUUAUGAAUGGUUUUUUUAACCGGCAAAUCUCUGAAAAAUUCAAAGGUUGAUUUGAAGAAUCGGCCGGCAAUUGGGGAGCAGAUGUGAUCCUUGACAAACACAACCAACCAAUCCGUUUCCAAUUUGUUUUUGUGAAUCAUAAUUAUCAUCAUUGCAAUUCGUAAUUCGUAAUUCGUAAUUUGGAAAUUGUAAUUGAAUUUCGGAAAGUGAAGAAGAAGCUAGGAUGGACGAUGGAGACGUAUUGAAGCAGAUACAUCAAAUGGUGGAGUUCAUCCGCCAGGAAGCCAUCGAACGAUCCAACGAAUUCUCUGUCUCUGCCGAUGAGGAAUUCAACAUUGAGAAACUACAAUUAGUAGAAGCUGAAAAGAAGAAGAUUAGACAAGAAUAUGAGCGCAAGUACAAACAGGUGGAAGUCCGCAAAAAGAUUGAGUAUUCAAUGCAGCUGAAUGCUUCAAGGAUAAAGUUCUUACAAGCUCAAGAUGAGAUUGUGAAAGACAUGAAAGAAGCUGCUUCCAAGGAGCUUCUUCGUGUUUCUGACGAUCAGACUGCUUAUUCCUACAAGAAGCUUCUCCAAGCUUUUUCUGAAGCCUCCAACUACAAGAAGCUUCUCCAUGCCUUGAUUCUUCAGAGUUUGCUACGUUUGAAGGAGCCUUCUGUGUUGUUACGCUGCAGGGAGGUGGACAAGAAAGCAGUUGAGUCUGUACUCGAGGAUUGUAAACGAGAAUAUGCUGAGAAAACUCAAGUACGCGCACCCACAAUUACCAUUGAUAAGGUCUAUCUCCCUCCACCUCCCUCUGCCUCAGACCACCAUGCUCCCUCAUGCUCGGGAGGAGUAGUUAUGGCUUCUCGGGAUGGAAAGAUAGUUUUUGAAAAUACUCUGGAUGCACGCCUAGAUGUGGCAUUUCGGAAGAAAUUACCUGAGAUACGCAAGCACAUUUUUGGGCAGAGUCCAUAGUGUGGUGCAGCUAAUGAAGAUUCAAACAAGGACAUACCAAGUAUAUAGAGUCGUUACUUAAUGCUUUACUUAUGAAUUGCAUUGUCAUUGGCUUUACUUGUUAUCAGGAAUAAAAGUAAUGUAUUUAUCAAGCCUAGAAUAAAUGCAAGUUUUUUAAUCUUGCUAAGCAUGGAGUGCUAAUUUAGUUCUUCCCCUUUUCCAAAUCAGAAGGAGUGAAAUGAACAACUUAUUCUUGUAAUUUAAAAUUUUAAAGUGUAAUAAUUUGAAGAAUAAUACUUUCUUCUCAAUUACUCCGUAUAUAAAGUUUGAACUUCAAAGAAA